GCUACCGUAAAAUCUCUCACGUGUUUUCGCAACAUACAGCCGGAAGUCAGCGGCCGACCACCGGAAGCUAGACCUCCCGGCAACCUCUGCUGCUUCCGGCGUCGUAGCCGAGGCUACCCGCACCUGGUUCUGACGGAGCGAUGAAGGAGGUCAGAGAUGAGGGGAGACACAAGAAGAAGAGGCAGUACAGCCCAGUCCCAGUGAAAGAGGAGAGGGGGAGCCCGGCCAGGCGUCACCGGGCACCGCGCAGCCCCGGCGAUAGCGAAGGGGAUUCUCCGGCGGCCCGGAAGAGGAGCAGGUCACCAGGGAAAAGGAAAAAGUCAUCUAUCAAACGAAGCAGAUCUCCGAGGAAUCGGAGGCACCGGAGUGCCAGCAGGAGCCCACCACACCUUCCUGUUAAAAUAAAGCAGGAAAGAGACGAGCACUCUCACAGAACACAUGAUGAGCGCCAGCCCACGUAUAGGGAAGAGGAACCCAGGAGGGACAGACAUAGAGACCAAACCGAUAGGGGCCGCCACAAUGUGUCCCGACACAGAGAAAGGGAGCGGGAGGAGAACAACUUAAGAGAGCAGAGAGCAGAUAGGAAAUUCCACAACAACCGGAGGAGAGAAAGAAGGCAGAGAGAAGAGCAAGAAGAGGAGCCAGGAAACGAGUCCGACAGUGCCAGUAAAAAUAAGGAUGCGCCAAAUUUUGAACUUUCUGGAGCUUUGCUUGAAGACACAAACACUUUCAGAGGUGUGGUAAUAAAGUACAGUGAGCCCCCGGAAGCUCGCAUCCCCAAGAAACGCUGGAGGCUGUAUCCUUUCAAGAAUGACGAGGCUCUCCCUGUCAUGUACAUCCAUAGACAAAGUGCAUACCUGUUGGGCAGGCAGCGGCGGAUUGCUGAUAUACCGAUUGAUCAUCCUUCCUGCUCCAAACAACAUGCUGCCUUGCAGUACAGGAUGGUGGCGUUUACCCGUAAAGACGGAACCCUAGGUAGACGGGUCAGACCAUACAUCAUUGAUCUUGGGUCUGGCAAUGGCACUUACCUGAACAACCAAAGAAUUGAGCCACAGCGGUACUAUGAACUAAAAGAAAAAGAUGUUCUGAAAUUUGGCUUCAGCAGCAGAGAAUACGUGGUUCUACAUGAAUCGUCGGAUACUUCCGAAGUGGACAACAAGCAGGAUGACGAUGAGGAAGAUGAGGGGGAAGAUGAGGCGACAGAUGAGGAGAAAAAUGAGGGGACAAAUGACUAACAAGCUUGUCCUGCACCUUCUUGCCUGUAUCGGGAGCAGUGAUUGCUGAAUCCCUGCCUCUUAAGACUGUACUCCUACUUGAAGAUGCAGGCCUUGUGGCAUCGGUGUGCUUUUCCAGUCCUCAGGUGUAAUUGAACAGUUACUUCUCAGAUACGCUUCUUUCUAGACACUGCUGUAUUUUUUUAUUCUGUACAUUUGUAAUUGUGUAUUAUAUUAGUUUCAUUAGAUUUCUCCAUGCCCACGUGUAGGUAUGACAAACUGCUAUUAAAUGUUCAGUGUCGCCUCCCAAAUAGUUUAUUUAAUGAAUUGGUUGAGAAAUCUUCGAACAGUACAUCUAUGCUGUGUAUCCGCAGGUGUCAAAUCAGCAGCGUUUUACAUGGUGAGCAAUGUGGAGGCGAUUUUUAAGAAAUCUGAUUCGCACGCAGAAAAUAAUCUGCCCUGUGGAUUGUCGAUGUGGCCGUACGCUGACAGUGCUGUCCAUAUUACACAAGCACUUGAAUUCUUUUAAGCACGGUGGCAGUCAGAAUACAUUCGGCUGAAGACAUGGGGGAGAUUUAUCAAACUAGUGUAAAGUAGAACUGGAUUAGUUGCCCAUAGCAGCCAAUCAGAUUCCACCUUUCAUUUUCCGAAGGAGCUCUGAGAAAUAAAAGGUGAAAUCUGAUUGGUUGCCAUGGGCAGUUCUACUUUACACCAGUUUGAUAAAUCUUCCCCUAUAUGUCUGACUUCUUACUCCGCAUUUGGUAAAUGGUCAGGGAUGUGUGUAUCCAAAAUCAUGGACAAAAUUGCUUGCCUCCUUUGAAUUGGAUAAAAAUCGCCUGCAGGACUUCCUCCUUUUCUAUCCAUGAUUCUUUUAUCUACAAUAUAGAAAGCAAGUAAGGAAAAUCUUCAACUGAUGCAGAUAUUUGAAUUGGAGACAUUAAGCACUAAAGCAUGCCAUAAAAGGUGGCUGAAAUAGUCCAUUUUGACCAUUGCUGCCAAUGAUCUAGUGAUCUGUCGUUCUCCACUGUGGCGCAUAGCGUGAUCAUGUGAUUGCAGCCAGUCGUUCCCCCUUUGAUGGAUGUGUCAGGCUGCAGUGGUCCUGUGGCAUUACCUGCCAUUGUAGACAGGACUGGCAGCAUGGAAGAUGUGGUUUUAAAGAGUUGGGGGGCCUAUUAGAUGGAGCGAUUAUUGUACGUAUUUCAGAAAUUAUCAUGUAAUAGCAUUCAGCGAUAAAUCGCUAAUUUUCUGGUGAUCUGACAGACAUUUUAUUCUUGGAGUUAAGGUAUUUCUUUUUCUAGUUUAGUUCAGAUCUGACAAAGAUUAUCACUACCCAUUGAGAAAUCAGCCAGGCGGUAAGCCAAAGCUCUGACUCCUUCACUAAUGGCCGAUAGUGAAAUAAUACAUUUCCUGUAAAAUGGUGACGUCAGGCUUUUUCUUACAUUCAUGUAAAUAAUCAGGCUACUUACAAGUUAAAGGGACUCUGUCACCACUUUCUAACC